GCGACACGGUCGCGUGCUGUUGGUCAGCUCCACUGGGUUUAUGCGCACGUGAUCGGUAUGAGAUGUAGAUCGGCGUGUUGUGUUUACAUCUGGCAGAAGCCAGAUGUGGAGCAGAUCUGUCCGCUCUUCGCUGCUUCCUUUCUCUUGUCUUUCAUCGCGUUUUUACGACAUUGUUGUUUAUUUUUCAGGAACUGCGUUGAUGUAGGGCGCUGCUGAUGUUUCUCUGCUAGCCACCAGAGAACUAAACUUAGCGGGGUUCAAACAAGAACGAGGAACCGGAACUCGCAGCUACGUUUGGUUGGGCCGGAUUCUCACCGAACAACCGGACUGUUCAGCCGUCACCAUGUCGGACACGGAUCGUUCGCUACCGGCCGUCAGGAGGCUGAGCUACGCGGUGGGACACUUCCUGAACGACCUGUGUGCUUCCAUGUGGUUCACCUACCUGCUGGUGUUCUACCACUCAGUGCUGGGCUUCCACAACACCAACGCAGGUGUUUUGCUGCUGGUUGGACAAGUAGCUGAUGCUCUCUGUACACCUCUGAUUGGCUACGAGUCGGAUCAGACCGCUGGAUGUGGAAACUAUGGAAAGAGGAAGACCUGGCAUUUAAUUGGAACACUAAGUGUGGUGCUGUCCUUUGCCUUCAUCUUUAACCAGUGCCUGGGCUGUGACCCCAACACACCUCAAUGGGCCAGUUUGCUGUACUUCACUCCGUUCAUCAUCAUCUUCCAGUUUGGCUGGGCUGCCACUCAGAUCUCUCAUCUGUCCCUCAUUCCAGAGCUCGUCACCUGUGAACACGCUAAAGUAGAGCUAACUGCGUACAGGUAUGCCUUCACUGUCAUAGCCAACAUCACAGUGUACGCGCUGGCUUAUCUGUUGUUCCAUGUCCUGAGCGGAGCAGACGAUGACCCACUCAGCGACACACUCGGACCAACAGAUGUUGUUGUCUUCAGGAACCUGGCGUUGAUCGUCCUGGGAAUUGGUGCACUCUUUGCCAUUUUCUUCCACCUGGGAAUUACGGAAAGGCAUGCCCCUGUAGCAGAAGAGGAGGCUGGAGAUGAGGAGGACAGAAUGAGGAAGAAUACUGAAGAGGAGGCGGCUGAUGAGGAGCGAAAGCUUUUGUUGCCUGGUCCUUCUAACAGAACUUCAUCUCUUCUGCAGUGGAAAUGUUGGCUCCAGCAACCUUCUUUCUACCAGGUGGCUUUACUCUACAUGUCCACCAGGCUCAUAGUGAAUCUCUCCCAGACGUACAUUUCAAUGUACCUCAUUAACACUCUUGGCCUGCCCAAGAAAUUCAUUGCAACAAUACCACUGGUGAUGUAUGUCAGCGGUUUUUUGUCGUCAUUCAUCAUGAAGCCUGUCAGUAAACACAUUGGAAAAUCUCUCACCUACUUUGUGGGCCUGCUGCUAAUCAUGGCUUUCUCAUACUGGGUGCUUCUGGAUGACAGGAUGGGUCAGCAGAUCUACGGGCCCGCUGUGCUGCUGGGGGCCGGCUCAGCCACCAUUCUGGUCAUAUCUCUGGCCAUGACAGCUGAGCUCAUCUCUGACCAGACGCAAAGUGGAGCAUUUGUGUAUGGAGCCAUGAGUUUCACUGAUAAGCUGGCCAAUGGCAUUGCUGUGAUGAUGAUUCAGGCUCUGCAUCCCUGCCAUACGGUGGUGUGCUGUCCAGCCUGUGUCUGGUUCUAUCACUACAUCAUGGUCUUCGUAACCGGAGGAGUGGCGAUUUUUGCAGCGUUGGCGCUCUGCUCCAUCCUCAUCUGGCCGAUCCGGAUCAGACCACGUGGUCUCCAAGUUGUAGCGGAUACAACCAGAGUCAACUGACACGUUCCAUGUUUUAGCAACAGAGCAGAGAAGCACAAAGGUGUUUGCUUCGGACAUUACAGAGAAAAGUGAGGACCUAUUGUUCCUCGCUGGCGUAUUUUCUUAUGGUGUUUUUGCCGCUUCUGUCUUUUUCUUUUUCAUUCACAUUUAUUGAUCUUAAUUGCUCUUUUCUCCCAUUUUUUACUUUGAUCUUUUUUGAUCAUUUUUUAAGCAUGCGUUGUGUUCUUGUGAAGCACCAAAUGAUUGCUAUACAAAAAUUGUUCCUUCUUCAGCUUUGGAAAGUGUCACGUUGCGAGUUAGGAGGAGGUUAGGAGCCAAGAUGCAGAAAACACCAGAUGACUCGAGGCAGGAGCGGUUUAAAAGUAAAAUCCUUUUUAAUAGGAUGAGGAACCAAAAAUCCAAAAGGGCAGGAAGCCAAAAACCAAAGUCCUGAAACUCAGGAGAAUGAAAGCUCACAUAGAGCACAAAACCUAGAGACGAGGCAUGAAACAACGCUGACACAAAACAAUGGACUGACAAGACACUGUGACACAGACAGGGCUUUAUACACUGGGGAGGAUGAGAGGGAGAUGACCUGCAGGUGUGUGGGGAGAGCGACCAGGUGAACAGAGUUACUAAUUAGGGAGGGAACAAACAUGACCAAAGAAUAAAAACUAAAGACAAGAAGAGCAGGAACAUAUCUAAUAAUCUAAGGAGGGGGAAAAAAACCUCAAACGCUGAUGGGAAAAACACACUAGAGAGACUUAUAACAUGAACAGCUGUAGCUAAGGAAAAUGACCUAAGAAUAAAACCUAAAGACCUGAAGGGCAGCAAACAUAACUAAUAUUCUAAGGGGGAAGCUGAAACUAGAGAAAAAACACUACAGAAAGAAAAACUACAGGGGCGUGACUAAAAGGGGGCCAAGGGAGCACAGGACCUGGGAGGGGGAUGCCUGAGUAGGGAAACCUAGAGGGCUGAAGAUCUGGGGGCAAAUGGGGAACACCAGGAGACACAUGAGGAAGACGCAGAACAAGGACACAUGAGGGCGCUAGGAGACACAAAAGGAGAACCUAGAGAGGGAUGGAGAACACAAGGAGAAACAUGAGGGGAGACGCAGACGCAUACCAUGACAGAAAGUGCAGGAAGAAAGUGAGGAAAUUCAAUGGCACUAGACUGUCAGUUAAAACUCAAGAACAGGAAACUAUGUUUUCUUAGAAAAUCCAUUUUCUUGUGUACUGUUUUUGUCUGAUUUUGUUUUGUGGACACUACAAUGUCUCCCAGGGGCGAAUUUAGGACUGAAGAAGAUCCGGGGCUUAACACAAACACACACACACACACGCGCGCGGGCGCUCACACACUAGUCAACAUCUUAAAUAUUUGUCUUGAGCCACAUAAUUUUUAAUCUGAAGCUACAUAUUAAGCAUUUUCAGGGCAGAGUAUUGUUCCUGUUAAUGUUUAGUGUGAGAUGAUAGUAAAUAUUCCCUUUCUUUCUCCAACAACUAGUAAGAUAACUUUAGGCAAACCAGCAGCACAACAAAUAUUUUCAAAUAAGACUCACAAACCUGAGUCAACACCAGUUUCAUCAAAGCUGGGGUUCUGUCGUUGUACUUUUGGUCUAAAAAACAUCCUUAUGUCCAUCUUCACUCAUGCGUUUCAGACAGAGAGUGUAGAAGAAGCCGGCUGCUGAAGGGCUUCUUCUUCAGUGGUGGAGGCUCAGGCAGGCUGUAUACAAACUACUGACAGCUGCGCCCUCUCUGUUGGACUUUGGUACUGCAUGUUACUUCAGCGAUUUAGAUCCGGGGCUUUUCAUAAAACAUCCGGGGCUUCAGCCCAAGUAGCCGGGCCUAACGCCGCCCCUGAUGUCUCUGUUAGUUUAUCACAGAACAGUGGGAAAUAAACUAGAGUUGCAAACUUUAUUUAAAAACUGGAGCAAACCAACCAACCAACAGCUGAAAGGAUGCCAGAGAAGACUUCGUAACAGCUGAUCUGCUUCCAUUCCUGUGCUGACUGGCUGGGUUCUGCACCACAGAACCUAAUGAACAGAGCAGAACCCCGUCGCUUGAAAGACUUCUCAUUGCUCCUUGUUUCUCUUUGCAUUUUUCAGACUUUUUUCUGACAAUUAAGUUUGAUUUUUCUUUAUUUAAAUCACAUGCACUCACAUUUGAUAUUAGAAAAUUAAAAUGUGUGUUUUAGUCAUUUUAAGAGAUUAAUUCUCUAAUCUCAAAAUUAGCUUGUUCAAAUGAUAUAAAUCUUGCUAGUCACACCAGUGCUGGUACUGCUGUGUGACUAGCAAUGGCUCUAAGGCUUUUUUACACAGAGUGCAGAAUGGAUGCGAGUCCGUUUCUGUACGGCUUCAGCGGACCAAAGAUCAGAGUCCAUUCUGAGCAUUCACAAUAGCUGCAGUGCAGUGCGGAUGCAGAUGCAUGGCUCUGGAAAGUUUCCACAUGGAGUGGAUUUUUUCCAGAUGCUGCACACAAAUUGAUGAAAUGAAAGCUAGACAGGAAGUGAGGCACUAAAUGCGCUGUGCCUGUCCACUAGGAGUCUUCUGCUGUAUUUCAUCAUAAAACCUUUGGGAUUUUAAGGGAAGUUCACGCUAUAUUUACAGGUAUAUUUUUAAAUGUAUAAUGUUGAAUUUCUAAUUAUUUGGUGCUGUUGUGGGAGCAGAUAUCCAGAGACGUUCAGCACAUGAACUGCAGUCAGUGUGAAUAACAGACUGCCCGGAAGCCAUGCAGAAGCCCGACCUGCUCUGUUCACGUUCAGUGUGGAACGGGCUACAACUGUGACCUCAGUGAGAGUCUGAAUUAGUUCCAUUCUGGAAUUAUGUGUGAUUUGUGUUGGAAUAUUCUGUUUAAAUAAAGGAAUAAAAUACA